AUGGGUCAACGUAUGACACGCCGACAAGUUGAAGAAGGUUUAAAUUUAUAUGAAGAAAAAAAUUAUGAUGCUGCUAUUAAAAAAUGGACAAUAUCAUUACAAAAAAUGAAAAGUAAUCGACUUCGAUUUUCUACACUUGGACAUUUAGCAUCAGCAUCACGCGAUCGUGGACGUAAUAAAGAUUAUCUUGUUUAUGCUGUACAACAAAUUGAUAUUGCACAUGAAUUAGAUGAUAAUAAUCUUCGUGCACAAGCUUAUUUAACAUUAGCACGUGCUAAUGAAAUGCUUGCUGAUUAUUUUAAAGCAGUUAGUUAUGCACGUUCAACACUUCAAUAUUCACCACCAGGUGGUUCUAUACAAGGUUAUGCUGUACUUACUAUGGCAGAUUCUUAUAUAGGUUUAUGUAAUUUUUCUAAAGUAGUCGAAUGUCUUGAUAAAGCUUUAAUUAUAUCACAUGAAAAUGUAGAUCAUUUAAUGGAAGUUCAAGUACUUAGUACAAUGGGUAAAGUUUAUCUUGCAUUAAAAGAUUUUUCAAAAGCACAUGCAUAUCAACGUCGAGCACUUGAAAUGGCUUUAUCAAAUGCUGCAUUUAAUGAUGGACAAAAUGUAAAUGUUACAUCGAAAUUUGUUCGUUUAACAAAAUUAAAAUUAGCUACACCAUUAAGAUUAAUGGGUGAUUUUGAAAAUGCAAAUAAAUAUGUUGAAGAAGCAAUGGGAGCAGCAUCUAGUCUUGGAGAUCGACCAGUUCAAGCUAAGUGUCUUGUAUGUAUCGGUGAUAUACAACGUUCGCAAAACAAUAAUGAGGUCGCAUGUAAAAAAUACGAAGCAGCUAUUCAGAUGUUACAAGAUAUGAACGAUCGAUAUAGUUAUACACUUGCUAUGAUUGGUCUUGUUAAAGCAUUUUUGGCACUUAAUACACAAAAACAAACGGCAAAUGAAAUUCUUGCAACAGCAUUAUCAACAUCAACAUCAAUGGGUAAUAAAUUAUUACAAGCUCGAUGUCAUUUAUUAAAUGAACGUAUGCUUAAACUGGAUCAUCAAUUAGAAGAAGCUCGACGUGUAUUAGAUACAGCUCAACGUCUUUAUCAAGAAGCAGAUCUUUUAUGUUCUGUUUGUAAAACAUCAAUGGGUAUGCAACCCGAUCGUAUACAAAUUUUACCAUGUACACAUAUGUUUCAUGAACGAUGUAUUAUGGAUUUAUUACAAAAAUGGACUCAUCAAGCACAACCAUGUCCAAAAUGUAAUCAAAAUGUUUUAUUUAGUAGAAGUUAUAUUGCGUUAUUGUGUUCUUGA